UUUUUUUUUUUCUCCCCUCUAAAGGAGACCUGUGUGUUCAGCCAUUACUUUGCUCGGCGCUGCUCACAGGAAUCUCCGACCCUCGGUGCUGUGGGCAGCCCCGCACUUGGGCUCCUCGCCUCUCGCCCUCGCUCCCGUCCCUCCUCCCUCUCUCCGCCCCUUCCCUCUUUUCUUUCUCCGCUCUUUCUUCCCCUCUCUCCCUUCUUUCGGCCGCCGUCUCCCCCGCGCCCUCCUCGGGGCGGAGGGAAGCCGAGAAGGGGGAGGGAGGGAUUGGUGUCAAUUUUUUUGUGCGGCCGCGGCCGGAGCCUGUGGCGGGCAGGCGGCGAGCGGGGAGACCCCGGCGAAGCAGAGCCAUGGAUGGCCCGACGCGGGGCCAUGGACUCCGCAAAAAGCGGCGGUCGCGGUCUCAGCGAGACCGGGAGAGGCGCUCCCGGGGCGGACUGGGGGCCGGCGCGGCCGGCGGCGGCGGGGCCGGCCGGACCCGGGCGCCCUCGUUCGCCUCGUCGUCGGGCUCCGACAAGGAAGACAAUGGGAAGCCCCCGUCCUCCGCCCCGUCCCGGCCCAGACCCCCGCGGAGGAAGCGGAGAGAGUCCACCUCAGCCGAAGAGGACAUCAUUGAUGGAUUUGCCAUGACCAGCUUUGUCACUUUUGAAGCGCUGGAGAAAGAUGUAGCACUUAAGCCUCAGGAACGCGUGGAGAAACGCCAGACCCCUCUGACCAAGAAGAAACGGGAAGCACUUACCAACGGCUUGUCCUUUCACUCCAAGAAGAGCAGACUCAGCCACCCACACCACUACAGCUCAGACCGGGAAAAUGACCGCAAUCUCUGCCAGCACCUCGGGAAGAGAAAGAAAAUGCCGAAGGGACUCAGACAGCUCAAGCCAGGGCAGAACAGCUGCAGGGACAGUGACAGUGAAAGUGCCAGUGGAGAAUCCAAGGGCUUCCACAGGAGCAGCUCUCGGGAAAGGCUCAGCGAUAGUUCAGCUCCUUCCAGCUUGGGAACAGGCUACUUCUGUGACAGCGAUAGUGACCAGGAAGAGAAGGCCUCAGAUGCCAGCUCUGAAAAACUCUUCAAUACUGUUAUUGUAAACAAAGAUCCGGAGCUCGGUGUCGGCGCGCUACCCCAACACGACGGCCGCGAUGCGGGGCCCAUUGUCCCCAAGAUUUCGGGUCUAGAGAGGAGCCAGGAGAAGAGCCAGGACUGCGGCAAAGAGCCCAUCUUUGAGCCCGUGGUGCUGAAGGACCCCCGCCCUCAGGUCCCGCCGCCCCAGCCCCAGGCGGAGCCCCCGCCCCGAGCGCCUUCUCCGGACCCCGCCUCGGGGCCGCGCGCCGAGCCCCCGCCGCCGCCCCCCCCGCGCCCCGGCGCCCAGCCUCCGCCCGCGCCCCCGGAGGCCCCGCCGCAGCCCGCGCCGCCUCCGCCGCCGCCGGCGCCCCGGCCGCCCCGGCCGCAGUCCCCAGGGCCGCUGCCGCCCCAGGCCCUCCCGCCCGCGCCGGCCCACCCCUCCGCCCAGAGCCUCCCCCAGCCGCUGUCCGCCUACAACAGCAGCAGCCUGAGCCUCAACAGCCUCAGCAGUAGCAGGAGCAGCACCCCAGCGAAGACUCAGCCCGGCCCCCCCCACGCCUCCCACCACCCCUCGGCCUCCCCAUUCCCCCUGUCACUGCCCAACCACAGCCCCCUGCACAGCUUCACGCCCACCCUCCAGCCCCCCGCACACUCACAUCACCCCAAUAUGUUUGCCCCUCCCACUGCCUUGCCUCCUCCACCACCUCUGACAUCAGGGAGUCUGCAGGUGCCCGGACACCCGGCCGGGGGCACUUACUCAGAGCAAGACAUCUUGCGACAGGAACUGAACACACGUUUCUUGGCCUCCCAGAGCGCUGACCGCGGGGCCUCCCUGGGCCCCCCACCCUACCUGCGGACCGAGUUCCACCAGCACCAGCACCAGCACCAGCACACGCACCAGCACACGCACCAGCACACGUUCACGCCCUUCCCCCACGCCCUGCCGCCCGCCGCCAUCAUGCCGACGCCAGCACCGCCCAUGGUGCGUACCCCAGGCAGAAAUUUUGACAAAUACCCAACAAAAGUUGACCCAUUCUACCGGCACAGUCUCUUCCAUUCUUACCCUCCUGCUGUAUCGGGCAUCCCCCCUAUGAUUCCGCCCACUGGCCCUUUUGGUUCACUGCAAGGAGCAUUUCAGCCGAAGACGUCCAACCCGAUCGAUGUUGCUGCCCGACCUGGGACGGUCCCACAUACUCUUCUCCAGAAGGACCCGAGGUUGACAGAUCCUUUCAGACCUAUGUUAAGGAAACCAGGGAAGUGGUGCGCUAUGCAUGUUCACAUUGCCUGGCAGAUCUACCACCACCAACAGAAAGUCAAGAAACAGAUGCAGUCAGACCCACACAAGCUGGACUUCGGCCUGAAGCCCGAGUUCCUGAGCCGUCCUCCCGGGCCCAGCCUCUUUGGAGCCAUCCACCACCCCCAUGACCUGGCACGGCCUUCAACUUUGUUCUCUGCCGCUGGUGCUGCACACCCAACCGGGACCCCUUUUGGGCCACCGCCUCAUCAUAGCAACUUCCUUAACCCUGCUGCUCACCUUGAGCCUUUUAAUCGGCCGUCUACGUUCACCGGCCUGGCAGCAGUUGGGGGCAAUGCCUUCGGGGGACUUGGAAAUCCUUCAGUUACACCCAACUCAGUGUUCGGCCACAAGGAUGGCCCCAGUGUGCAGAACUUUAGCAAUCCUCACGAGCCCUGGAACCGGCUGCACCGAACGCCUCCGUCGUUCCCGACCCCUCCGCCCUGGCUGAAGCCAGGGGAGCUGGAGCGUAGCGCGUCCGCUGCAGCUCAUGACAGAGAUAGAGAUGUAGAUAAACGAGACUCAUCCGUUAGUAAAGAUGACAAAGAAAGGGAAAGCGUCGAGAAGAGACACUCCAGCCACCCUUCACCAGCACCCGUCCUCCCGGGGAGCACCCUGGGGCACGGCCGCAGCUCCACCGAACAGAUCAGGGCUCAUUUGAGCACCGAGGCUCGUGAGAAAGACAAAUCCAAAGACAGGGAGAGAGAACACUCGGAAUCCCGCAAGGACCUGGGCGCCGACGAGCACAAGGCGAAGGAGGGCCCGCUGCCCGAGAAGGACGGCCACGGCCAUGGCCACGAGGGCCGCGGCGCGGGCGAGGAAGCCAAGCAGCUAGCCCGGGUGCCGUCGCCCUACGCACGCGUGCCCGCCAGCGACAGCGCCAGGCCGGGCAGCGCCGCCAGCCGCGAGGCCGAGCCGCGCAAGGGCGAGCCGGCCUACGAGAACCCCAAGAAGAGCGCCGAGGUCAAGGUGAAGGAGGAGCGCAAAGAAGACCACGACCUGCCCGCCGAGGCCCCGCAGAGCCACCGGUCCUCGGAGCCGCCGCCGCCACCGCCGCCGCCCAGCUCCUCGGCCAGCGUGCACCCGGGGCCCUUGGCCUCCAUGCCCAUGACCGUGGGGGUGACGGGCAUACACCCCAUGAACAGCAUCAGCAGCCUGGACAGGACUCGCAUGAUGACGCCUUUCAUGGGCAUCAGCCCCAUCCCGGGCGGAGAGCGCUUCCCGUAUCCUCCUUUCCACUGGGACCCCAUCCGGGACCCAUUGAGGGACCCCUACCGGGAACUUGACAUUCACCGGAGAGACCCGCUGGGCAGGGACUUCCUGCUGAGGAGCGACCCUCUGCACCGUCUCUCGGCCCCCCGGCUGUACGAAGCCGACCGCUCCUUCAGGGACCGGGAGCCCCACGACUACCACCACCAUCACCACCACCACCCGCUGUCGGUGGACGCGCGGCGGGAGCACGAGCGCGGGGCGCACCUGGACGAGCGUGAGCGCCUGCACGUGCUCCGCGAGGACUACGAGCACCCGCGGCUCCACGCCGUGCACCCCGCCUCCCUGGACGGACACCUGCCGCACCCCGGCCUCAUCGCGCCCGGCCUGCCCAGCAUGCACUACCCACGCAUCAGCCCCACUGCGGGCCACCAGAACGGACUGCUCAACAAGACGCCCCCGACAGCGGCGCUCAGCGCGCCUCCGCCGCUCAUCUCCACGCUGGGGGGCCGCCCCGUGUCCCCCCGGAGGACUACCCCUCUGUCCGCGGAGAUCAGGGAGCGGCCGCCCUCCCACACGCUGAAGGACAUCGAAGCCCGGUAAGGAGAGGACGGGACGCGAAGAGGACGAAGAGAGCCCGCGGCCGCAGGCGCCAGACUCGAGAGCGCGCGCAGGCAGAGGUCCCGCGUCUCGACCGACGCAGACGGGGCGGGGGGAGCCCCCAGCACUUCCCCUUGUAAAAAGUGUAUAGACUCAGCGCAGAUUUUGAAAUGUUUUUGUAUAUUCUAUGUUGAAAUUUUUCAGAUCUUUUAGCCGAUUCGUAUGUUCUCAUGUCUCCCCACUCUUUUGGUUUCUCGUAUAAAACUUUUUGAUUCGAACCAAAACAGUGAAGAUGACA